AUGUCUGCAGUGGGAAUUCGUGGUGAAAGAGAUCAAGGUUAGGAUGUGCGUACAAGUAAUGUAACUGCUGUCAUGGCAAUUGCAAAUGUUGUCAAGACAAGUCUUGGACCACAAGGACUUGAUAAGAUGCUCGUUGAUGAGAUUGGAGAUGUUGUAAUUACAAAUGAUGGAGCAACCAUUCUGAAACAAUUGGAAGUUGAACAUCCAGCUGCCAAAGUCAUUGUAGAGUUGAGUUAAUUAUAAGAUAAAGAAGUGGGAGAUGGUACCACAUCGGUGGUUGUUUUAGCAGCUGAAUUACUUCGCCGCGCUAAUGAAUUAAUUAAAAUUAAAGUUCAUCCCACAACAAUCAUAUCCGGAUACAAAUUAGCAGCCAGACAAGCAGUAAAAUACAUUCAAUCUCAUUUGGUACAUAAAAUCACAGAAGAUGACACUGAAAUAUUAAUAAAUGCUGCCAAAACUUCAAUGAAUAGUAAAGUGAUUGGCCCAGAAAGUCACAUAUUCGCCAAGUUGGCUGUAGAUGCAGUUAGAUUGGUCAAGACCUAAGGUUUGGUCUCUGGUAAGGCUAAGUAUCCAAUUCAAUCCAUCAACGUUGUAAAAAGCCAUGGUUAAUCAUCAAAUUAAUCUGAAUUAGUAAAGGGAUAUGUUAUUUAAUUAUAAAGAGCAUCAUAAUAAAUGGUAACAAAGGUUAAGAAUGCUAAAAUUGCCUGUUUGGAUAUAAAUUUGAAUAAAUUUAAGAUGUAAAUGGGAGUUUAAAUAUUGGUUGAUGAUCCCAAUAAUUUAGAGAAAAUCAGAAAGAAGGAAAUGGAUGUUUUGAAAGAGAGAAUUCAAUUGUUAUUAUAAGCAGGAGCUAAUGUUAUUUUAACUUCAAAGGGAAUGGACGAUUUGGCUAAUAAAUAUUUAGUAGAAGCAGGAGCUAUUGGAUUGAGAAGAGUUCCCAAGGAUCAUUUGAGAAGAAUUGCCAAAGCUGCAGGUGCUAAGGUAGUCACAACUUUUGCUAACGAGGAAACUGGAGAGUCAUUUGAUGCAUCUUGUUUGGGAGAGGCAGAGGAAGUUUACGAAGAAGCCAUUGGAGAUAAUGAUUACAUAUUUUUCAAGGGAAUGAAGAAGGAAUAAUCAGCAAGUAUCAUUGUGAGAGGUGCCAAUGAAUUGAUGACUGAUGAAAUUGAGAGAUCAUUACAUGACUCUUUAUGUGUUGUGAAGAGAACUUUGGAGUCAGGAUCUGUUGUUGCUGGUGGUGGAGCAGUAGAAAUGGCAUUGAGCAUUUAUUUGGAUGACUAUUCAAGAAAAUUGGAUUCCAAUGAGUAGAUUGCUAUUGCUGAAUUCGCAGAAGCCUUGACUUCAAUUCCAAAGAUCUUGGCCACAAAUGCAGCAAAGGAUUCCAUUGAUUUAAUCAGUAAAUUGAGGGUUUUACACAGUAAGUCACAAUCAUUGGAAGUCGAUGAGAAGGGAUACAAGUUUAGUGGUUUGGAUUUGGUUAAAGGGGAAGUCAGACAUAAUCUUAGACAUGGAGUACUUGAACCAACAGUUAGUAAAAUAAAGGCAUUAAAAUUUGCAACAGAGGCUGCUAUAACGAUUUUGAGAAUUGAUGAUAUGAUUAAGUUGGAACCAAAGAAGGAGCAAAUGCCAGGAAGACAUUGAGUUGUGAGAGUGAUAUAUAAUAUACAAUAUAAGAAAUAGAGAUAAGAUUUUAUGAAA